AAAGCAUCCGAAAGCCCAAGGCCCAAGAAGGUCCUUCAAGCCAUGGCCUUCUUGAGCCAAGCCACGCUGAGUCUGGACUUGGCCGAUGAGAUCACCAAGCACGCGGUGAACGUCUGCAAGUCACAGGGAUUCAAGCCGAUCUCCAUCUGUGUGCUGGACAAUGCUGGAGCGGUGAUCGUGCAGAAGAGGAUGGACGGCUGCCCUGCGGGCGCCUUCGACUCCUUCGCGCUGGCCAAGGCCCGGACUUGCGCGCGGCUCCACAUGUCCUCCAGGGCCUUCCGCAGCAAAUACUCGGACAGCAACCCCGAGAAGUUUGUGCAGGGCAUUUCCAUGAUUUCCAUCGUGGACGAUGGCCUCGCGCCCUUCCCCGGGGGCGUUUUGAUCCGAGACCACUCGUCUGGUGCGGUGCUGGGCGCGGUGGGCGUGUCCGGGGCGGCUGGGGACGAGGACGAGUACGUGGCCCUCAUGGGAGUGAAAGGCUGCGCAGCACUGGCCAGCGCGACCACUGAGCCGGCAGAGCACUCCUGCACCACCCUGAAGAAAGAGUGGUACGGCUGAGCGACGACAGAUCCCUCCCAACCAUGUCGCCCCCCCCAAAAGCCAAUGAACGGCUUGGCCCGGGUGUGGCCUGAUUUGAAAGACCUCCCCAAACUUUAGGGCCUCAUUUGGCCUUGGGUGUCCUUGUUUUGCUGUAUGUUGCCUGAUGUUGCCUUUUGUGCGGGGGUCUCGGCCGUAUUUUCCUGCAACGGCCCGAGCAAGAAGUGGAAACACGCUUAAGCAUUUCUUGAACACAGACGAAAUCCGGCGUUUCCAAUUCCGAAAUUGGAAUUGGACCCAACAAUUGGCUCGACCUUUUUCCUCGAG